GCGCCUGCGCAAAGCAUGCCUGGGGAUCCGUCACAUGACCGCUGCCUAGCGGCCAAGAUGGCGCCGUCCAGCGUGGCUCUCCUGGCGCUGUGCCUGCUGCUGCCGCUGCUGCUUCUGGGCGGGUGGAAGCGCUGGCGGCGGGGGCGCGCGGCCCAGCACGUGGUCAUUGUGGUGCUGGGCGACGUGGGCCGCAGCCCCCGCAUGCAGUACCACGCGCUGUCCUUGGCCAAGAGCGGCUUCUCGGUGACCCUCUUGGGGUUCUGCAAUUCCAGACCCCACCAUGAGCUCUUGCAGAGCGACAGAAUACAGAUUGUGAAGUUGAUGGAACUUCAGAGUCCCACAGUUGGGCCCCCGGUUCUGCGGUAUGGAGUCAAAGUUGUUUUUCAGACAGUGUACUUGCUGUGGAAGUUGAUGUGGAGGGAACCAGCAGCCUAUAUCUUUCUUCAGAACCCCCCAGGCCUGCCGAGCAUUGCCGUCUGCUGGUUUGUGGGCUGCCUUUGUGGGAGCAAACUGGUCAUCGACUGGCACAACUAUGGCUACUCCAUCAUGGGCCUGGUGCAUGGCCCUAAGCACCCCCUUGUUCUGCUGGCCAAGUGGUAUGAGAGGCUCUUCGSGCGCCUGUCCCACCUGAACCUGUGUGUGACCAAUGCAAUGCGGGAAGACCUGGCUGAGAACUGGCACAUCAAGGCUGUGACUGUCUACGACAAGCCGGCUUCGUUCUUUAAGGAGACACCGCUGGACCUGCAGCAUGAGCUCUUCAUGAAGCUGGGCUGCACCUACUCUCCGUUCAGGGCCUGCUCAGAACCCUCGGGCCCUGCCAUAGAGAGGUCGGCCUUCACGGAGAAGGAUGCUCGCACUGGGGUGGUGACACAUCUUGGUGGGCGGCCGGCACUGCUGGUCAGCAGCACCAGCUGGACAGAGGACGAGGACUUCUCCAUCCUGCUGGCAGCGUUGGAAGAGUUUGAACAGCGGGCAUCUGAUGGAGACAGCCUUCCUUCUGUAGUCUGUGUGAUAACAGGCAAAGGGCCGCUGAAGGAGCACUACAGCCGCCUCAUUGGCCAGAAGCAGUUCCAGCACAUCAAGGUGUGCACGCCGUGGCUGGAGGCCGAGGACUACCCGUUGCUUCUAGGGUCGGCGGACCUGGGUGUCUGUCUGCACAAGUCCUCCAGUGGCCUGGACCUGCCCAUGAAGGUGGUGGACAUGUUUGGGUGCUGCCUGCCUGUGUGUGCCGUGAACUUUAAGUGCCUGCAUGAGCUUGUGAAGCACGGGGAGAACGGCCUGGUCUUUGAGGAUGCGGAGGCGCUGGCAGCUCAACUGCAGAUGCUUUUCUCAAAGUUUCCUGAUCCUGCUGGAAAACUAAACCAGUUUCGGAAGAACCUUCGGGAGUCAGAGCAGCUUCGAUGGGACGAGAGCUGGCAGCAGACUGUGCUCCCUUUGGUCAUGGACACAUGACCCUACAGGCCCA